UUUGAAUUUUAUUGCACACACACACACACACAGACACACACACACACACACACACAUCACAAAAGCCCUUACUCAUUGUGGUAAGUGUCCAUGAAGCCGAUCUGUGACGACAGAGCGACACCGCCACCACCUGGUGACUCACCUGAACUACACACCGUGUGUUGUUCCCUCCCCUCCAACACAAUGAGCGCUGUGUGUGUCACAAUGUGCGGACCAGUCUGCAUCUGUGAGUCCGGCGUCUGAACCAGGAGCCGACAGAGAUGACAGACGGGGUGUUGUUCCGUGUGGUUCCGAUCGGAUCUCUGCUCACGUAGGAGCUGGUUCUGUUCUGUUCUGUUCUGUUCGGUUCGGUUCUGUUGUUGCUGCGGCGGUGAAAUUAAGAAUCCAGCCCGCGUUGAAGGGACCAGCAUCGGAUCCAGACCCGCCUCUCUUCGAUCUGUCUCCCAGCUGUGUCCGAGAUGACGACCAGCAGCAGGUACAGGAGCCGCGCGCCCCGGUCAGAUGACGCAGAGGUAAGAGACCAGGAAAAAGACUAUGUUGGUUUUGCGACGCUGCCCAACCAGGUGCACCGGAAGUCUGUGAAGAAAGGAUUCGACUUCACCCUCAUGGUGGCAGGUGAGUCCGGUCUUGGUAAGUCCACCCUGGUGAACAGCCUCUUCCUCACGGAUCUGCAUAAAGACAGAAAACUGCUCAAUGCAGAAGAGCGAAUCAACCAGACGGUGGAGAUCACGAAGCACACGGUGGACAUCGAGGAGAAGGGCGUGAAGCUGAAGCUGACCAUCGUGGACACGCCGGGGUUCGGAGACGCCGUCAACAACACCGAGUGUUGGAGGGCAGUGACGGACUACAUCAACCUGCAGUUCGAACAGUACUUCAGAGACGAGAGCGGACUCAACAGGAAGAAUAUCCAGGACAACCGGGUGCACUGCUGCCUCUACUUCAUCCCCCCGUUCGGACACGGGCUUCGUCCAGUCGAUAUCGAGUUCAUGAAGGCCCUGCAGGACAAAGUGAACGUCGUUCCUCUCAUCGCUAAGGCCGACUGCCUCACUCCCUCUGAGAUAAAGAAGCUGAAAGAGCGGCUGAGGGAAGAGAUCGAUAAGUAUGGGAUAAAGAUCUACCAGUUCCCCGACUGCGACUCUGACGAGGAUGAGGAGCUCAAACGACAAGAUAAAGAGCUGAAAGAGAGCAUCCCCUUCGCGGUGAUCGGCAGCAACACUGUGGUCGAAGCUCGAGGUCAGCGAGUGAGAGGGCGGAUCUACCCGUGGGGCAUCGUGGAGGUGGAGAACCCGUCCCACUGCGACUUUGUGAAGCUGAGGACGUUUCUGAUCAGAACCCACAUGCACGACCUGAAGGACAUCACCAGCGACUGUCACUACGAGAACUACAGAGCUCAGUGCAUCCAGACCAUGACCAGCAAGAUGAACGCAGAUAAGCGGGUGGAGAGCCCCAUCCCACUCCUGCCGAUCUCCACCCCGGAUGUGGAGGCGGAGAAAAUCAUCAAAAUGAAAGAUGAAGAACUGAGGAGGAUGCAGCAGAUGCUUCAGAAGAUGCAGCAGCAGAUGCACGACCAGGACCUGUGACUAUAACCCCACGUUGCAUCUGUUGCAACGACACAAAGCAGAUGAAAAAGUGGAAACACAUAGCUCAGACGGGAAACCUUUGAAAAUAGCGAACUCUCCAGGGGAUAAAGAUGAAGGAGUCGUUUUUUUGCAAGUUACACCCGUCACAGAGAAAGACAGCAUGCUGGGAGAUGUUUUUAAAUGUUUUUGGCAUCAUAUAAACUUUCAUACAUGUAGUUUUUUUUUAAAUGCAGUCAUUAGCCAAGUGAAGUCGACACGUAGUGAGGCAAUAGAGAGUAGAUUGCACUUCGUUAGCUUAGCAUCGCGGUACAUUUCCGAGCGUUUUUUUUCUACCUGAAAUACUAAAUGAGAACAAACGCACCGAGCCGUCGAAUCAUUUAGUAGUUUUUAUGCACUGGUUGCGUCGGCGCCUGCUGUGUGUUGAUGUUUGGUUUUAGUGGCAUCUGCAGUUUAAUACUGGAACACCACACUGUUGGUUUUAGGUAUAUAAAAUUACAGAACUGACAUAUAACGUACAAGAACACACAAAUAUUAGAGAUUAAAGGCAACAAAAUUCAAAUUAAACACAGUUUGUUUACAAAUUAAACUCUGUGUUUAUUGUAGUGGAAGUGGAAUGUGACUAAGUACCUUUAUUUAAGUGUAAAUUCCAGCCCAUUUCAGAGGCAAAGGUUGUACUUUAUACUCCACUAAUUUCACUUGAAAGCGUUGUUAUUAGUCACUUUACAGAUAUCAAUUUUUAUACCCUUCUGUCCAUCUUAGAUUUUAGUUUUAUAGUCUUUAUUUGGCACAAUUAAAAGAAAAUAUACACACAAAUAACAACAAGGAUGGAAAAUAAUAUGCUUUGCAGGAAAAGGGACAAAACCCAGAGGGUUUGUAUGCAGCCUCCACUUACAGUUACAGAAAAUGCAUAAUUAAACGUACAGAAAGUAAUUAGAAUGCAUUAAAAGAUGGUAAAGUAGUGGCUGAGCUGCAUUGUGGGUAAUGUAGUCUAGCAUCACACUCCUAUAUCAUUGUUGGACUCAUUAUGGAUGGUUUAAAACCAAAAAUGAUUAAAAUUAAUCACCUUUUUUAUUCCACACAUUCUUCUUCCUUUUUAAAACAUCAUGCCUACAUUACCCGCAAUGCAACUAAGCAACUUAGUGACAUCACUAGAGGUAUUUAAUACACUUUAAUGUGUAAAAUUGCUGGGGUUGCCAUUUACUUUUAACAAAAUGCCGCUCGACAUGUUAGAAAAUAUCAUUUUUAAAGUUAACAUAUGAUUUUGGGCUGUUGUUUAUGAGAGAAAUGUGAAUAAAAAUCUAAUUGUGGUCACAUAUCAUAGUCAGUGUAUAGUUUACAUGACCACACAUGCAUACAAAACCUGUGUCAACAUUGACAGAGAUGUAGGAAACAUAAUCCCACAUUAUGAUGGCUGACAUAACCCACGGCGACGAUCCAACCGCUUAUAAUGUACGAGUGCAUAUUCCGCUAGAACAACAGUACUAUCGACAUCUUUCACACCUCAGCGCUGCAGCGUGAGUGUGUGUGCUCAUGCAUACAUUUUCUCUGACUGUGAGGAGUUUUCUUCUCAGCAUGGUCGGCGUAGUAAAGCCAUGAAACAUGAUGCACACAUUCUUCAGACAAUCUCGUCCAUGUAUAAAAAGCAUUUAAACGUGCAUUUCUUUUCAAAGCAAAGUUUACAAUCAUGACUGAACAUCAGAGAGGGAAGAAGCUUGUAUAAACAAUCCUGUGUACAGUAUUUACAUUUUGAGAGCAUGUGUUUUUUUGAGUGUGUGUGUGUAUAAUAUUAAUAUAUAACAAUCAGUGUUUCUCACUAUCCCAUAACUGUUGUUACAAGAUGUGAUGUCAGUGAUCAUGUAAGGAGGAUUUAGAGUCGUAUACAAGCCUGUUGCAGAUCCUCUUCCAGUAUUUAACACAGAGAAAACUGUCACAGUUGAAGCAAGUUCCCAAUAAUUUAUUAGCUUUACAAUAAUAACAGUAAUAAUAACUCAUUAUUACUAAUACUGGGGAAUAAAAUCUUUGUUUUCAUCUAAAACUGUGUGUUUUCUUUGGGCAAUAAUAAACUUUUAACCAGGA